AUGAUCCUUUCACCAAGAACAAUUUUUACAUUCAAAAGACGAACAGUCUAUGAUGGAGAGCUGUCUCGGACCUUUUUGUCAUUUCGGGCUCGCGUGGUCGUUGCGCGGAGGACACGCCGUCGCAUCGACAUUCUCCCCCCACCUCGCCAAAAGAACGGGGUGCCUUUUCCAAUGCCACCACGUCAGCAAGAGCCGCUCUUCGACGAUGCAUACGCGCAAUACAAUAGCGACAGCUCGGACUUGGAGUCGUCGCUGAAUCCGUUUGGACCAUCUGACGGCGGGGGCAGUAGUCGGUGGCUUCGGUAUCAGGCGCCAGACGACAAAAGUCUCUAUGCGUUGGCCGGGCAGCUACAGCAUCCCACGUCAAUAUACGACCCUCUUCGACACAGCGACCAGCCACCACACCACUACUACGGCGGCGCUCUGGAUGGGCGCCUGUCGAGUCCCACUAGCGCAACGACUUCCGUAUCAGAAUAUGACCACGACUUUGGAGACGUUGGACGUGCACGAUACCAGCAUCAAGCUCCCAGCCACCAACACCCGUUCGCCCUCCGUAGCGAUUCAUAUUUCCCGGUCGACACACCUGACCCACGUCCUACCCCGCCGUUGUCCUUCCCAAUAUCGCAGUCGUCGUUACCGUUGCCGUUGCCUUCGGCAUUUUCGUCGGCAACCCAAAUGGAUGUUCCGGAUUACCACUACGAUCCGCGGGGGUUUACGUUGGGCAAUAUACGGCCUCCCACCACCUCGGGCGAGGUCGUCGCCUCUCAUAUGACGUCGGAUUCGUUGCAACAGCCAUCUGCCGUCGUCAUAGCAUGCCGGCCCUGUCGGGGUCGGAAGAUUAAGUGCGACUCGCUCCGGCCUAGUUGCAGCAACUGUAUUCGCCGACACACGCCAUGUAUAUAUGACGCGGCUCCCAAAAGGAGGGGACCUGACAAGCGUCCGGGUACCAGGAAGCGCUCGUGCAAACGCAAGGCAGUCCCAGCCGAAGACGCUAAGGAGACAGAGACCGACGACGACGCCAAGCCGCCCGCGAAACGCCAGCGUAAAGUGGGCGCAGAUUCGACCGCCAAGGCUGACUCUGACAUCAGAGAAAUAUUGACGGAGGAGUCCAAGACCGAGCUCCGGUCCAAGCACAAGGCGAAGGCCAAAGCGAAGGCUGCGCGAACGGCAGGCUCGCUUUCCGAUACCGCAGCAUCCCCCUCUUCCUCUCCCGUUGAGCCACGUAAUCACUCAUUUCCCAUUGCGCGCCCGCUCCAGAUAACGACGCAAUUCGUCCAGUCGAUACCUUCAACUUUAAAACACUCCCCCUUAUCUCUCGACGAAUCCACCCCCACCUCACUUGAAUCAAUGUUCUCGAUCCUUCCGCCUUCACAGCUGACUCUUCCGGGUGACCCUACUUCUGCACUCGCAUCCGGAUCCGGAUCCGACCGCCGACAAUGGUGGUCAAAUUUUCUUCAAGAAGUCAGCCUCAAUAAAAUCAGUGGCGACUUGACAUUUGUCUUCGGCGAUACAGGGCACUGGCUGUCCUUUCUUCACUUGCCUUCCCUGCUCCACGUAUUGUGGUCGUCUAACGAGCGACCGACGCUUCCGCCAGCGUUUAUCUUAUCAGCGCUGGCUUUGGCAGAGUUGAUGCGCUCCAGCGAGCUGGAACGCGGUGGCGCGGGAAGGGAUAGAGCAGCCCGACUCCGAGCAAGUGCACAGGCCGCUUUCGAUGCUGAUUUAGCCCAGCCUGAGGUGACUUUCAUGUUUAUAUCUGAUUUUAGGACUGAAAACGGCGAUCGUCAGGUUGAUUAUCGUCUCGCCGAAGCCGCUUUGAUCAUUGUCUUGUAUGAGUUUUGCGCGCACCCCUCGUUUCAUCGCGAUCGGAUGUAUACCGCUCUGCAGCAACUGGACGGACUUCUCCAUCGCCUCAACCUAUUUCAAGUUGAUUUCCAGAACACACACGUUUCGUUCUUCGAUCCUAUCAAGGUUCCACUCGUCAAGCUGCCGCUCCAGAGCGAGCUUCAGCAACAGUCGGCACGAUCAUACUCUUUGCAGCCUGAGCAAGAGCGACUCCCGCGACGAACUUGUCAGUGCAGCAGUGAGCCUGGAUCCCCGCCGCCAAACAACACGGUAUUCAAUCAUAUGGCCCCGCGCUGGUAUCCUGGGUGGUCGACCAGCGAAAUUCGAACAGAGGAGUGCAGAAGGCUGGUUUGGAGCUCGCUUGCCGCUGCGAGCACAUUCAUGGUGCAAUUUGCGGCACUGGAGAGCGACUACCCGCCUUUGCCCAUGGCAGAGUCGACAAGUUAUGCCCUCUUCUUUCCGACCGAAAUUGCCGAUCAAAUAUCACCGGCAUUUUCCCGUCCGGAUGGGCCGUCGCCGAAAGAGUCCAUCUGGGCUUUGCACUGUCGUAUCCUCCUGUUGUGGAACUUCUCACGGCGAGUUGCUAAAGCCUCUCUAUCGUCCGACGUAGAUCUGGACUCCGAUGCUCUGCACGAGUCCUGGAGCGAGGCGCAAGCAAUCGAAGACUCGUUGGAGCUGCAUGUGUGCAACUACGAUACGGGGAUCCUCUACAUGAGCCACGAGUUCGUGCACAACACGCGAAUGAAUGUGACACAGGCCUUGCGGCGUGUGCACGGCUUUUCCCGGUAUCAGUCGACGGCCCCGGGGUUGGGGUCCCUCUUCAACAACCGCAAGCAAGCUGCUGAAUGGGUGGAGUACCAAUCACAGGUCGUGAAGCGAGUCAAAUAUGCUAUCUACCAUGCACAUCGCCGAUCGCACGCACAACACAACCUGCUCACACGUCGUCCAUACGAAGUUUCCUGGUUUUUGAACCAACUCUCUGUCUGCGUACAAAUAUGGACCCAUGACAACACACUCUUGGAUGCCGUGUCCCUGGGCAAGGAUGUCCUGGCAAUUAUGGACGCGCUCAACUCAUGGUGGCCGUGCGAGGCCAACCGUAACCACACCGAAUUGCUGAGGAAACAACUGGUCCACGCUUGUUCCGUCACGGGGAUCGAGCCGCCGAACCUUCUGCCGUUAGGCUUAGAUACAAGUCUUAUACGGCUUUGA